CCCAGCCAGACAUGCUCUGGAUAUGACUCAGGUCACAAUAGCUUCUAUUUCUGUUGAUGCACUUGGGUUAUCACUCCACUUCCAUCCACUCUCCCUCCCUCACUCUCUCUUGCUCUUGCAAAAAACAUGGCCGACAGAAACAGUCGAGUCAGUGUGAAGCGGAAGGAGAAGAAAACGGAGAACAAGCCCACCGAUGAGAAGGAAAAAGAAAAGGGUAAAGGUUUGAAAAGGCAGCAGGAUAAAGUUGUGAAAAAGCCAGAGAAGGUUCCUGCUCCGGUGGAAGAGGAGAAGACGAACGGGAACGCUGGAGGUGCAGCAGGCGAGGAGGUGAAGAAAAACGACGGAAACGGAGAGUUUGUGCCUUUCGAACUGCCGCCGUUUGAGAUCGUGGUAGGGGAACAGAUGAGCCCGUUCUACUUCAAAUUCCAAUUCAGGAAUGUGGAGUACUCAUCCGGGCGGAACAAGACCUUGCUGUGCUACCGAGUGGACACGCCAGGAGGCACCGCAGAGCCUCUGCAAGGUUAUCUGGAGGAUGAACAUGCCACGGCUCACGCUGAAGAGGCUUUCUUUCAGCGAGUGCUCCCGAACAGCAACAGUUCCCAAGAAUAUGAAGUCACAUGGUACAUGUCUUCUAGUCCAUGUGUGGCUUGUUCUACUAAGUUGGCUAACAUCCUCCAGCAACGCAAAAAGGUCCGUUUGUGUAUAUUCUGCUCCCGGCUUUUUGAUUGGGAAGACCCGGAGAUCGUUGAAGGCAUCAAGGCUUUGGUGAACGCCGGCUGCAAAGUGAGGAUGAUGAAACCGUCUGACUUCCUGUACGUUUGGGAGAACUACGUGGAGAAGGAGGAGCAGAGUUUUACGCCCUGGGAGGAUUGUCAGGAAAACUACAACUAUUACGUGGAGAAACUGGCUGAUAUCCUCAAGUAAAUGGGUCGCCACAGCAAAUCAAUCUCCUCCGUCCAACCCUGUCUUCUCGACUACCGACUACCUCCAUGUCCUCCUUCACUACAUCCAUAAACCUCCUCCUCUUUGGUCUUCUUCUACGCCUCCUACCUUCUACCGAUAUCUUCACUAUCUCUCCUCUGGACAUGUCCCGACCGUCUCAGUCUGGCCGAUAACUGACUUUAUCUCCAAGGUCUCUAACGUGUACUUGUUCCCGAUCCUAUCCAUCCUGGUCACUCCCGUUGAGAACCUCAGCUGACUCAUCUCUGCUACCUCCGGUUCCCAACCAUCAGUCUGGCCUCUCUCUCUCUCUCCAAGGUCUCUAACAUGUAAUGUUCUUAUUAAGUGUACUUGUUCCUGAUCCUAUUCAUCCUGGUCACUCCCGUGGAGAACCUCAGCAGCCUCAUCUCUGCUACCUCCAGUUCCCAACCAUCAGUCUGGCCUCUCUCUCUCUCCAAGGUCUCUAACAUGUAAUGUCCCUCUGAUGUACACCUUCCUGAUCCUAUCCAUCCUGGUCACUCCCAAUGAGAACCUCAGCAUCCUCGUCUCUGCUACCUCCAGUUCCCAACCAUCAGUCUGGCCUCUCUCUCCAAGGCCUCUAACAUGUAAUGUCCCUCUGAUGUACUCCUUCCUGAUCCUAUCCAUCCUGGUCACUCCCGUUGAGAACCUCAGCAUCCUCAUCUCUGCUACCUUCAGUUCCCAACCAUCAGUCUGGCCUCUCUCUCUCCCAGUUCUCUAACAUGUAGUGUUCUUAUGAUGUACUUGUUCCUGAUCCUAUCUAUCAUGGUCACUCCCAAUGAGAACCUCAGCAUCCUCGUCUCUGCUACCUCCAGUUCCCAACCAUCAGUCUGGCCUCUCUCUCUCUAGGGUCUCUAACAUGUAAUGUUCUUAUUAAGUGUACUUGUUCCUGAUCCUAUCUAUCCUGGUCACUCCCGUUGAGAACCUAGGACAGCUGUAGUAUGACUAGAUAGGACAGCUCGAGUCUGAUAAGUUGUUAUCGAUUCAAUGACCUGGAUGAAUGAGAAUAUUUACAGGCAGGAUGAAAUGAAUUUAUCAAUUUAUCAAAAAUGUAUCCAAAAAUUUGUUAAAAAAAUUUAUCAAAAAAUUUAUCAAUAUCAAAUUUUUUUAUUGCCAUUUUUCAAUUAAAAAAAACAAUAUACUAUUUAGAAUACCCCCCAAAAUCCAGCAAACAAACUCGCUAUUUGACUUUUUAUUGACACCACCAAGAGUUAAAUAGUUUGACUUUUCUAUUUCGACUACCCAAUUUUCCAUAGAUUUUUAAAAUUGAAAUGCAUGCAUGGUCAAGGGGGGGGGUUCAGCGUUGAAAGGAAAGCAGAGCGCCAUCUUCCUUUGGUGUGUCAGUGCUCUCCGUUGUCACGGCUGGAAAAACACAAGCAGAAUUAGCAAUACAGUCCACUUUAAUACUCUCAUAAUACUCUUAUAAUACUCUUAUAAUAAAUAUUAUCUAUGACUGGGUUACCCUGGUCUUCCUGUUUGAUUUCAGGUAGCUGCGUUGUUUCACUGCACAUAAUGUCCUCGCUUUCUGCACGUCAAAAAUAACCAAAGUGAGGAAUGAGCUUCCGGUUAAAGAAUAAUAAGACUUUUCUGUCGACCUUUUGCUGGCGCAUUGAGUUCUGUAUCUGUGAUGUAAUCAACCAAUAGACAAGGAACAUCUGCAAUCAAGAUAGAAGGACGUAAACACACGUGAACACGUGAACGCACCAACACCGAAAGACCGGUGUUUUGUCGCCAUACCAACUCGAUCCUUCAGCUGAGCCAUGGUGAGGAACAUUUCGCCGUCCUCCGGCCUAUCUUCAUUGUCAUCUGCAAGAUUCGAUUAAAAAUAUAUCUAGUUAUUGUGUGUGUGUGGUGUUUUUUUAAUUUUUUUUUUUAUAGACUUAUUUUUAAACGCACCUGUUUUCCUGGUAAUUUUUAGAAUAACGCAUCCGCAGAAAACGGCGACAAUUCCAAAGAGGAUACACCCGGAUAUUGAAAGAAGAACCCGCCUCUUCAACACUAUGAGGUCAAAAAUUAGAACAUGACUUGUAGAUUUAAAAAAAAAAAAAUCAAAAAAAAAAAAAAAAAAACGAUAAAACUUACAAAGAUUCUUUGUUGUGAGAGAAUAACUUUCUGAAGAGUAAGCGGGUCUCCCGGUUCGAAUCCCCCGGCAAGUGUAUUGACUCUGCUCCGGGUCGUUUUGGGGUGUAACUGUGUAUUUGUCCGAAGAUGAGUUCCCAAUCCUGUCCCCCUUCCUGAACCUGUUGUUUGCAUAUUUUUCAGUUUCCGUGAAAGUCCUCAAAGAUCUACCGUUGGGUACAACACGGUCUACUCAGACCCGGUGUUGGACUAAAAGCUCUGCCUUUACGAAACAGAAGACCAUUAAAUGAUAUCUAAGUCUACUUAAUAGUCGCUUUACAUUACCAUGUGUAGUUCCAUGUGUCCUCACUUCCUUUGACCUCACACUGGAGCACCAGACUAUCAGUGGAGAAGACCUCAGACCAGCCGGUUAAGACGACGAUAUUUGCUGACGGACGCUCUGCAGAAACAGUAUUAGAACUUCCUAAAUGAAAGAUCCGGUUGUUGAUUCCAAGAAAUUUCCGAAGCACAACACACCUUCAACUUGGAGCCUUAAAGGCACACUUUGCUGCGUCUGAUAGAUACCGCUGGUUCUCCCUCUUAUUGCUUGACAUUGGUAUGAUCCGGUGUUUCUUACCGAGACAGGACUUAUGGUGUAGUUGUUUCCAGAUACAGGAAGUGGAGCGUCAUCUUUGUACCAGCGA